AUGACGACAUCGGCCAUGGACAAUGGAAAUGAAAUGGAAAAACGGAUAAAAGGUUUACGAAAUAAAGUCAGAACUUGGAAACUAGGUGUGUGGAAUACAAGGAGUAUGAACGGCAAGGAGAAUGAACUAGUGCAGGAAUUCGAAAAAGCGCAGCUGGAUAUCUUGGUCAUAUCUGAAACGAAAAAGAAGGGACGAGGUACUACGAAAAUGGAUAACAAUCAUUUAUUCAUAUACAGUGGAGUGGAUUUAAAUGAAAGAGCGGCAGGCGGAGUCGGUUGUCUCAUUCACGAGAAACAUGUAGAAAAAGUAUACGACUGGAAAUCAAUUUCUGAAAGAACAAUACAAGUAGAACUAAUUGGAUUGGAAGGCACCAAAACUACAAUAAUAGGGGUAUACGGUCCAAAUGAAGACGAAAAAGUGGAAAGAAAGGACAUCUUUUGGGACGCCCUAGAAAGAACAACCGAAACAGCGAAAGGACAAGUAUACAUUGCAGGGGACUUUAAUUGCAGAGUUGGAAGAAGAGAUGCAACAUAUAAAGCAAUUUUAGGAAGCCAUGGGGAAGAUGCUCGAAAUAGUAACGGCAACAGAAUGCUGGACUUUUGCCUCACAAAUAACCUCAUUAUCACAAAUUCUUUUUAUGAGCACAAAGAUAUACAUAAAUACACACGAGAACAACAUUCAAGACAAGAAAAAUCUAUUAUUGACUAUGUACUUACAGAAACAACAAACAGAAAAAAUAUAAAAGAUGUAAAAGUUUCAAGAAAGGCAGAAAUAGGCAGUGAUCACUAUUUAUUGAUAGCUACAAUAAAAAAUGAAAAUAUCUCCGCUAGACACAGCAAACAACAAAAAACCGAAACAAUGUAUACAGAAACUAUUAAAGCCUAUAAAUUAAGAAAUAAGGAUGUGGCUAAGGAGUUUACCCAAACGUUGGACCAAAAAUUAGAAAGCUGGGAACAAGAAGAAAAUUUGGAAAAGUUGUGGACUUCUUUUAAAGUAGUUGUACUGGACACGGCAAGAAAGACAUGUGGAAUUUCAAAAAUGCACGAUGGCAAGAAGAAAACUGCAUGGUGGAGUGAAAAGAUCAAGCUAGAGGUAAAGAAAAAGUGGCAACAAUAUAUUAAAUCGAGAACACCAGACAAAUAUGAGGAAUAUAAACACCAACGAGGCGCUGUAAAAAACUUGGUGUUACAAGCAAAGAAAAAAUCAUGGGAAGAUUUUGGACGAAAACUGGAAGAAAACAGUAAAGGAAAUCAAAAACUGUUCUUUAAAGUGAUAAAAACACUAAGGAAAAACCGAGAUGACUACAUCUUUAACAAGUACAAACGGAGAAGUGAUAACAGAUUAAAAGGCGAUAAUGAACAGAUGGAGAGAGUAUUUUAUGGAAGUACUAAAAGGAGAACAAAUUUACGAAAGAGAAGUAUUAAAAUACGAAGGAAGAAAUGA